AAAAUGGUCGACAAUAAUGCGGCGGCGGGGGCACCGGCGGCGGAGGCACCGGCGGCGGAGGCACCGAGAGCGGAGGUACCGGUGGCGGAGGCACCGAGGGCGGAGGUACCGGCGGAAAUAAAGAAAAUCAGGGAGAUGGCCAGGCGGGAAAUGAACAAAACAUUACGAAAAGUACGAAAAUUAACAUUGAAAAGACGCCCACCACCACCAGCCGCAUACCCGGGGGGGUAUACAUACCCUCCCCCACCGCAGUACUAUCCCCCCAGAAUAUACACUCCUCAGCCGGCACCGAUCUACGCUCCCCCGCCGGCAGUAGUAUACGCUCCCCCGCCGGCACCGAUAUACGCCGCUCUUAAUUAUUGUUUCCCACAAUAUUUUCAGUAAAUAAAAAUAUUAUAAACAUA